AUGCCAUCCUUAAAGGAAAAGGUAAAUAUGAAGAAGCCCGAGGAAGAGGCUGGCAAGUCGUGGCCAGCCAUCGCCAUUGGCGCCUUCGUGGCUUUUGGCGGCAUCCUCUUUGGAUACGACACGGGCACGAUUAGCGGUAUCCUCGCCAUGGACUACUUCAAGGAUCACUUCUCGACUGGCUACCGAGACGGCGAGGGCAGGCCUGAUAUAUCCCCGUCGCAGUCCUCCGCUGUUGUCUCUAUCCUGUCUGCUGGCACUUUCUUCGGUGCCCUUUCGUCACCAUUCCUGGCUGAUUACAUUGGACGACGCCUCGCUCUUAUUGCCUCCAGCUUUGUUUUCAUCCUUGGUGUCAUCCUCCAGACUGCUGCGACAUCUCUCCCGUUGUUCCUCGCUGGCCGCUUCUUCGCCGGCUUCGGCGUUGGUCUCGUUUCCGCUCUCAUCCCUCUAUACCAGUCCGAGACAGCCCCAAAAUGGAUUCGUGGUGCAAUCGUUGGCGCAUAUCAGUUUGCGAUUACAGUUGGACUUCUUCUUGCUGCCGUGGUUGAUAAUGCCACACACACCCGUGACGAUACGGGCUCUUACCGAAUCCCCAUUGCCGUGCAGUUCGCGUGGGCUCUGAUUCUUAUUAGCGGCAUGCUUAUCUUGCCGGAAACACCUCGCUUCCUCAUCAAGCAGGGCAAGAAGGAGAAAGCUGCCCGAGCCCUCGGUCGCCUCCGACGGCUACCCUACGACCAUCCCGCACUGGCCGAUGAGCUCGGCGAGAUCGAAGCCAAUCACCAAUUUGAAUUGAGCCUCGGCAAAGCCAGCUAUAUUGACUGCUUCCGUGGAAAUAUGCUGAAGCGCCAGCUGACCGGCAUGGCCCUUCAGGCCCUGCAGCAGCUCACCGGCAUCAACUUUAUCUUCUAUUACGGAACCCAAUACUUCAAGAACUCUGGUAUCUCGGAUCCUUUCGUUAUCCAGAUGAUCACAAGCAGCAUCAAUGUUGCCUGCACCAUACCCGGCCUCUAUGCUAUCGACAAAUGGGGUCGCAGGCCCCUACUGUUCUGGGGUGGUGUUGGUAUGGCCAUUUCGCAACUUCUGGUCGCGGUUCUGGGAACUACAACGACCUCGCAGAAUGAUGUCGGUACUAUCAUUGUGCAUAAUGUCGCUGCACAAAAGGCCGGAAUCGCUUUCGUCUGCACAUUCAUUGCUUGCUUCGCUGCUACAUGGGGUCCCCUAGGCUGGGUUGUCACCAGCGAAAUCUUCCCGCUCAAGCAGAGAGCUCGGGCACUGUCAAUGACAACAGCAACGAAUUGGCUCCUAAACUGGGCGAUUGCCUACUCCACCCCGUAUCUUGUGAAUUACGGAGAUGGGUAUGCCAAUUUGCAGUCCAAGAUCUUCUUUAUCUGGUUUGGGUGCUGUUUCAUCUGCAUUGCCUUCGUUUACUUCUACAUCUACGAGACCAAGGGCCUGUCCCUCGAACAGAUCGACGAGAUGUACACCGACUGCUCUUCGGCUCGCAAGUCGACCAGCUGGGUGCCAAGCCUGUCCUUCCGCCAGCGGGAGAGCCUCGCGGCCCAAGAACGCGAAAAGGUCGCUGGUAACCAUCACGCCGAUGUUGCCACAGGCCAUCAUGAGAACGAGACGGUGUAA